UCGCGGAAUAGAAAUUUUCUCGUACAUAUAUCAUGAACGAGUGUUGUUUUCGCUAGUUGAGCAAACAGUGUAUAUAUAUAAGUCCUUUCUGGAUUAAUUAUAAACUGUAAAUAUCCGUUUUUAAAAAUGUUUCUGCUUAGAAAUCAACUCGGUUCGCUCAGAGCAAUCAAUGCUGCUUCUACGAAGCUACUCAAAUCGAGUACAGGUAACAAUGGCAUUGGUAAAUUAUCCGUAUUUGGGCAAAGCUGCUACAAUAGCAUGUCCAACAUCGGCUAUCUUAAAGGACAAGGCGACCUGGAGUGCACCGCUGGAACGAUGAACGAUGUAAAGCAAAUUAUCAUCAAAAAACUUGGCAUAGAAGUAGGAUAUAGUCCACUUGUAAGUACACGCGAACAUCUUACCGAACACGCACCAAGAUCCUUGGAUGAGUUGCCAUCGAGAUCCAUGCAGGAUUCUUUCACUUCUGCCAUCAUUCCUUUGACAAAUGAUAAAGUGCUCAAGGAUAAAUACGUAGGAUUCAUGGGAAACGUACGGCUAGGUCGUUUGAUGGAAGAUAUGGACAUGUUUGCUGUUUGGGUAGUACACAAACACUUGCUAUUGCCCAACCUACCGGAAGGGGUGGCCCUUCCUUACACUUUUGUGACUGUUUUGGUAGACAAAAUUGACUUCACCGAUCUGGUUCCAACGCAUGAUGCUGAUAUUCGUCUAUCUGGUCACGUUAGCUGGGUAGGCCGUACAUCUAUUGAGAUCGUCGUGUGGAUGGAGCAGAAGUUACACGGGAAGUGGCGAAAACUGACGCGCGCGCUGUUUCUUAUGGCAGCUAGAGAUGCUACCAACACGAAAGCGGCCUUGAUCAAUCCGCUCGUACCGGCAAAUGAAGAAGAAAAAGUCAUCUUCGAUGGAGGCGAAUCUCGUAAAAAGCGAAGAAUUCAGCUGCAAAAGGAAGAUUUGCUGAAAACUGAACCCAAUGACUUUGAACAGGGACUGGUGCAUGACCUAUUCGUUAAAUCGAUCGAUACGAAGAGCCGUGCUUUCAACAAACGAAUCUUACCCCCGGGAUAUGUAUGGAUGGAGGACGUUACUAUGGCUAACAUUGUUUUCUCCCACCCAGAAGAUCGCAAUGCACAUAAUAAAGUGUUUGGAGGCUUCCUGAUGCGGAAUGCUUUGGAAUUAAGUUGGGCUUUGGCUUACAAUUUUGCUAAACGGCGUCCAAAGCUGGAACAUAUUUCUGAUAUAAGCUUCCAUCAUCCCGUCGAUGUUUCCUCCAUGCUGAACAUGCAAGCCCAUGUGAUUUACACCGAUUUACAUUACAUGGAAAUUGUCGUACUAGCUGAUGUUUAUGAUGCUGUCAGUGGGCAGCAAACGACAACCAACUCAUUCUAUUAUACUUAUUCUGUGGCGGAGCGAUUGCCACGCAUUAUGCCUAAAACAUACCAUGAGGCUAUGUACUACAUAGAAGGACGACGUAAAUUCCGUUUUGCCAUGGGUAUCGACGCUCCAAAGGAUGCUGCAGGCGAUAAGAAACAAAUGUAAAAUUAAACGAUAGAUACGUUCUUCAUGUGCAACUAACGGAUUUAUAUUAAUUUAUAAAUACAGGUGCUUUUAUUUAUGUUAUUGGAUUUCAAGAGUGAAGUUUCAGAAAGCUGUAUCUGCUUUUGUAAAAAAGAUUCAAACGUCAAUUUGUCGAAAGUCUUAGCUCGCCCAUGCAAACUACACUACGGUGGUGUUACACGGUGUUUCGCGAAAACCCAUUAAUGGGUAAAAAAUACCCAUUUCAGCUAAAAGCGGCCUUCCUCAUUUAAUAAGAUGAUGAUGUUUAGCGUAAACGUGGGCAAGCUAAGAGUUUCAACAAACUUACGUUUGAAUCUUUGAUUACAAAGCAGAUGCGACUUUUUGAAAAUUCACUAUUGAUUUGUUGUUUUGAUUAUUGUCAAUAAACC